AUGAAUAAAUUAAUUCUUGUCGUGUUUACAGUUUUUCUGGUAAUUGAAGUUUCAAAUGCUAACGAGCAGCAGCAGCAACUUAGGCCAGCUGCUAUUAUACCAUGGUCCCAGUACCAACAAAGACUUAGCAAAGCUAAGCAACAGAUGGCGAAGUACAAUGAACAAGAGGGUGACACGCCGAGCUUUCCCAACCCUUCUCUAAUGAGCAUCGACAACAAUUUUCACGAAAACUCUUAUUUUGGCAGUUAUGAAAAACCCAAUUUGUUGCCGGAACAUCUGGCUCCUGCUCCAUCAAACGAGGCCAGCAGCAGAACGACAAAGUUGCGCAACGUCAUUCGGCCUCAAGUCAGGGGUCGGCUUCCAGCUGAGCCUUCAGACUUCGCAAAAUACAUGAAAAAGCCAGAGAAAGAGUAUUUGGGAUCGAAAUUGAGGGCAAGGACUAUGGAACAAACACUUAUUCCAGCAGAACCGAAUUCAUUAUCAAAAACAAAAGCAACGGAUUACAGAUUGCAAAAUAAGAUUUCCACUAUUGCUAUUCCAAACGGUGUUCCUAUGAAUGCGGCACAUUGGGAAAAUGGGCAGCCAAAUUAUCGGAGACCUGCAGCGCAUGCUGCAAACACGUUUACCAACACUCAAAAUUUUCAAAAUCUUGUUGGAAGUGAAGCCACGGCUCCAAUAUAUGAGAAAGCUAAUUCAAACAUAGUGUCCUCAAUAUUUUCACAAAGUCAAGCUGGAAGUAGAUUAAUACCGACAAUGACUCAACCAUCGCAAGGGCAGGCCUAUUUUGAAAAAAUGUUGGCCGAUGGCGCUUCUUUUGAGCAAAUAUCGAAAUUGGCAAAAAAUCUACUUGGCGUCGGCGGAAAUGGAGAAGGAGGGCAGAGUGGAAGUGGUGGGCUAAUUGAGGCAAUGACGUCGGCACUUCGCGGUGCCGCUAGAAAUCCACCAACGAGCUCUGCGGUCCAUGACGGAAACGCUGAGUAUACCUCCGCAGCCGCUUCAAGACCACAGCCUUCAGUUUUGGAGAAGUUAUUGAGUCAUGCCGCUGUUGCUCUUAAUGAUUCCUUGAAGCAAAAACAAAAGGAGGAGGCUGAUAAAGCGUUAAUGAUGAAAAAAGUGGAAGAAGCUAAAGCUGCUGAAACGCAACCUCCUCAGCGGCCAACAAAACUUUCAAAGGAUAAAGAAAAUUCAUUAAAACUUCUCGAAGGAAUGCCAGAAGAGCAGAGAAAAAUUUUGGAAAAAGCAAUUAUAUCUGGAGAGAUUGAUCCAGAAUCAUCCGCUAUUAAAAACCUAGUGAAAGAUGACAUGACGGAAGAAUCGAAAAGAGAAAAGCAAAGCCGAUUGCUCGAAUGGAUUACUUCUAAUCGACCGUCCAAGCCAAACGAAUCGUCUCAAGUUUCCGACAAGCUCCCAUACUAUGGAAAGUAUUUGGGAACAUUUUCUGAAACGCCGAAUGUUAAAAAGCAAUUGCAUCCUUCUGGUGGCUUGUGGGCUGUAGAUGAAAAACGAUUUAUUGUUUCUAAAUUUAUGUUUCAACCAGGUUCUCUAUUAAAUGAAAACGUUACCUUCUGGCUAGGACCUGAGACACCUUCUGGAAAUAUUUUGCAAGAUAUUAUGCCUUCUGAAAACGGAUUCUAUGUGCAGCCUAGGCCACUCGAUGUUUCUUUGUUUGCUAUUGAUGAGCUUCCUGCUAUUGAGGCAAAACAGCGACAGAAGGUCUCUUCAGUGACUUUAAUUGAAGGUGUCCCUCCAAUUGUUGCAAAUGUUUCUACAAUUCGUCUUCGCAGAAGCGUUCGGAAACCAAUCGAACUUCAAGUUGAAGGAGGUGUUAUUCAAUUAAUGCCAGGCAAAGGAGAUGUUGUUGACGGAAAGAAUUUUACUGAGAAAGAAGAAACAAAGCUUUCUUCCUCUUCAGUUGUUAUUCCUGCAGGAUUCAGAUUGAAACAACCUGAAUUUGACAAUGUUGAUCAAAAUGUUCCACAGCCACUCGAUUGGUAUGCUGGUUUUCAACCAUUAUUGCUGACAAUUCCUGGCAAAAAAACUAUUAAAGAUUUGAAUUGGGUUGCACUGAGAGAUCACAAGAGACAGGAGACAAUUGCUUCCAUUCUUUUACCCAACGGUCCACUUUUCCAACUUCCAAAAGUUGUACAACUUCGUCCAUUGUCUCCUAAUAACCCCACUUAUAACAUCAGCUCGGGAUCUAUUCAAAUAAUCGAUAUCAAAACAAUGCGCAUAAACAAUUUCUCAUUCAAAUCAGAUGAUGACCUGAUUUGGUUCAUGGUAGGAAAAGACAUUAUUCCAAAUGUAAAUGGACAUAUUGUACCAAUAUUUGAUGAGCGAAGAAAAACAUUUGAUUGUCAGAGUCUGAAGGACUACCAUAAUGAAACAAUCACAUUAAGAUUGCCCGGUCAAAUGGAUAUGAGAGAUGUAUUUUGGUUUUCUAUAUUUUCAAUGAAGCACAGCAUCUCCUACUCUCACGUUUACCUGCCAUAUCACGAUAUGACACUCAUUCCCGACUUCUCGGCAGUGGCGACUCCCCCUUGCAAGUACAUUUCUUCAUAA